AUGUCUGAUGAAUUAGAGGCUAGGAUGUGGGAUGAGGGAGGCUCUAGAUAUGAGUCUCGGGGUCGUGGGGCAUACUACGAGUCAGCCUUCGCCUCUUCAGAGCAUUUGGACAGGGCCCCUUUGUUAUCAGAGGAGAGUUACACGGAAGUACCUGUGACAUCGCCGGUAGAUAAUGACGAUCACUGUCACUGGACGAGGCCAGAGCCCCCAAGCGCUGUUCCACAGCUUCUCAUUGCACUUAUACUGUGUGCUAUUUUUAUGAUAUGCGAGCUAGUAGGCGGUUAUCUAGCGGGCAGUCUGUCGGUGAUGAGCGAUGCCGCCCACAUGUUAAGUGAUUGUGGGGGGUUUGCUCUGGCGUUACUGGCCUUCAGAUGUGCCUCGAGACCCCCCACGGCUCGUAUGUCCUACGGUUACAGAAGAGCUGAGGUGCUGGGCGCAAUGGCGUCAGUGCUCCUUAUAUGGGCAUUGACGGGUGUGUUCGUGUACGUCGCCGCGCUGCGCAUACACACGGGCGACUACAACAUCGAGCCCGACAUGAUGAUGGUGGUGUCUGGCUGUGGAGUGGUGUUCAACAUUAUCCUGGCUUUAGUACUACAUGGGUGCGCUUCCGAUAUAGCCCACCACCACACACACGGUGGGGCAGCGUGCACCCACGCCUCGGAACCGCCUCGUAGGUUCCGCUUCUUCAGAAGGGAACAGAAGCAAAGCAACGGGGCUUUGGUCAAUGGGGACUACACCAUGAAGGACCUGUCGAGCACUGAGGCUCGUGUGACGGGGUCCACUGCCAGAAAUAUAAACCUCCGUGCAGCCCUCGUCCAUGUGAUUGGAGAUCUCAUACAGAGUUGUGGUGUACUGCUCGCCGCCGUACUUAUUAAAAUUUAUCCGCAGGCGAAGGUGAUCGACCCGAUCUGCACGUUCGUGUUCAGCGUGCUGGUGCUGGCCACGUCCGCGCGCGUCGUGCGCGACGCGCUGCUCAUGCUCAUGCAGGCCGUGCCCAGCGACUUCAAAUACCGCGAGUGCGUGGCGGCGCUGGCGGCGGUGCCGGGCGUGCGGGACGUGCACUCGGUGCACGCGUGGGCGCUGAGCUCGCAGCACACCGUGCUGUCGGCGCACGUCGCCAUCGACGAGCUGGCGGACUGGGAGCGCGUGCUGCGCGCGUGCCGCCGCGAGGCGCGCCGUCGCGCCGCCGCCGCCACGCUGCAGGUGGAGCGCUACAGCGCCGCGUCGCGCGCCUGCGCCGCUUGCCGCCAGCCCGCCGCGCCGCCG